AUGGCCACCAAGCAGUCGAAGAAGGGAAAGAAAAUUCAAUUUUUCAAAAGCCGAAAGAUUAUAGGAUCGUUUUACGCAAAGUAUUUUACGUUGAUUCGCUAUAUACGUAAGGUCCAGCAGGAUAAGGCUCUUCAACUCAUCCAAGAUGGCGAUCCUGAGGAGUAUCGCCGUCUUCUGAAAACGACUUUGAUCGCAGUUCCUCGGGAUCAGCCGGUUAAACCGCCAUUCAAGCCAAGUACAGCACAAUGGUUUACCCUCAAGGAAAUAAUUGUUAGAGUUAUUGAACACUUUUGUCGAGGGAACAAGACGAAUGUCCUAGCAUACGGCUUUGAGUCGUUAAGUGGUUAUGGAAAUAAGGGAACAGUGGCUGGGACUGUUGGAAUCCAGAACAGCUACCCCAACACUGUUGUAAGUUAUUUGCGAACCGCGAGAGCCUGGCAGCUGCUUCACGAGCGUAUAGGAGACGACUUGAUGAUAUACUUGUUGCAAAAUUUGUCCGUGUUUGUCAAGGUGAACUCGUGUUUUUUCCAAGUCGCUGGAUAUCCCAUUACGGGAUUAAGUCCAAUAACAUCAAAAGAUGUCUUCCCUCCACUCUCUGUCAGAAAAACAGGUGAAACAAAUGGCGAUAGAGAUGCUUCGAAUGUAAUAUCAAAUAAAAAAUCGAGAAGGGGUGGCAAGCGAGCGCGAAGAUAUGGUGAAAAUGUCAGGGCUGAAGUAAGCUGCUCUAAAUUAGCUGAUGUAAUCUCGACUACGGGUCCAGCGACUGUAUUGUCAAGAGCUCCUGUCCGAGUGAACAUAAACAGUAGUAAAGAUGAUACUCAUCUCGUUGAAGUGUCCCAGAGCAGUGGAAAAAGAAAGCGUGACAGUUUGGACAGUGGUGAUGUUUCAAGAGAUAGUCCAAAUCCAUCGAAAAAGUCGAGGACAAAUUCAAACGUCUUCAAAAAUAACUCGCCCUUGUUCCUUAAAGGCGUUCUGGUCGAUAAUGAAAUUUCAGCAAAAACAUCUUUGGAGAGCGCGACUGCUGGUACAGUUACUGAUGCAGACCAGGGUAAUCUUUGGAAAGAAAAUUCCGAUGUAGUAACGUCAAAUACCACUGACUUUGUAGAUUCAUCUGAAACUCAGAAGAACGUUUUCGGCCAAACCUUCCGAGAAGAACCGAACGAACAGAGUGUCAAGGAUAAGGGUGGUGUAGCUUUCCAACAGACUGUUGGUGUUGGAGAAAAAACACAAAUUCAAACGUUAAAAAGAAAGAAGUGUGUUUCCAGUGCGAUGAAAGUCGAGAAGGAGAAAAAGAAAGCAGUGGGUGGAAGUAAACCGUGGAAAUAUCUAACAAAGUUUCUUCCCAAGUCUAGUGGGCGAAGUGAACCUGCAAGGACAGGACAACGAAAACGGACGGCUCAUAGUAACAGCCAGCUCAAACAGACAAAUAAUCAACAGAUUGAUUAUAACAGAGGAAGCUCAAGUUUGAAGAAAAACAGAAAGAGUACCUGUUUGAACGAAAUAUUUAUACCACGCUCAAAUUUGUUUUAUACCUCAAAUCUUUCCCAAACGUUCCCAAAGAACCAUAUUGUGGAGUCACUACCUGUGAGUAUGGCCGGAGCGCGCAAACUGGUUCAACACAUUUUUCUGCAAGGCGCGUCUUUGGGCGCCUGCAGAGAUCGGGGAGGGAUAAGGAAAGAUGAAAGAAAAGAGCAAAGUGUCGUGAAUCAAGCGGCUGUUAAAAACCCUGAUGGGUCUAAUACUUUGAAACUUACCACACGAAGGAAACGGAAGCCUCUUCGUUUGCCCAGAAGGCUGAAGACUAUAGUACCAACGCUAUUGAAGUUUCUGGCAAGGCACCAGAAGUGUCCAUUUAGAACUCUGGUGAAGGUGUAUUGCCGUUACGAUCAUGGAAGACAAGCGAUCAAAAAUGAAAAAAAGAGAAGGAUGUUACGAAGGAUUCCUUUUAGCGUAAACGUGGUGUAUCACAAGUUAUCUCUUAAGGGUCGAGCUAAGUUUACGCAAAGGAAGCGUCGCGAGAGAAAGGCAAAGGUUAACUUGUUGAGGUAUCGUCGAGCUGUAAGAAUGUUUACAGAACAUGAUCAGGUGGUGGACUUUCUGAAGUGUAUCUGCAACAAAGUUGUUCCAAAAGAACUCUGGGGGUCUUCAGGAAACAAAGAAACAUUCUUUCGAAAUCUUGCGAAGUUCAUUCACCUCUAUCGGGGAGAAAAGUUCACCCUAGCCCAGAUGAUGAUGGGAAUCAAGGUUUCUUGCUGCAAAUGGCUUCAGGUGAAGAAAAGCGGAAAUAGAAAGCACGUUGCUCUGUCUGAUUCUGUUAAGCAGCUGGAGCUUUUAGCUCUGUUCAUCUGGUGGUUGGUAACCAGUUAUCUCGUGAUUGUGCUGAAAACCUUCUUUUAUAUCACGGAGACUGGUAUUCAUCGCCAAAGGGUUGUUUAUUACAGAAAGCCUAUCUGGAAAACGAUCCAACAGUUUGGUCUUAACACAUUUUGCGGUGAGUUCUUCAAACCGUUGAAAACCGCUGAAGCUGAGAAUCUUCUUCGCGCGCAAAGCUCACUGGGAUUCUCCCUGCUCAGGUUUAUACCGAAGACGUCAACUGUUCGCCCUAUUACCAACAUGCGUCACCGUCCUUCAAGCAAGGAGCCAAUCAGCGUUCAGAAUCAGCUUUCAGUGAAUUCAAAACUGAAGAAUUUGUUUGAAGUUAUUAAGUUCGAGAGAGAACGGAACCCAGAAAAGAUGGGAGCUACUUUGUUUGGAACUGAUGAUCUUUACCGGGCGCUUAAGCCGUUUGCCAUUCGCGUACGCUCACGUCUGGAGGGAAAACCGCUGUAUUUUGUCCACGUCGACGUAAGCCACUGCUACGAGUCUAUCCUGCAUCAAAAACUCUUUGACACCAUGAAGGAAGUAUUGGAGGAGGAAGAGUACCUCAUUCGACGGUUUGCCUUAUUGCGCAUGUCUGGUGGAAAGGUCUACAGAGAGUUCUCUAAGCACGUCAGUACCGCAGAUGAUUGCCGUUUGUUUCCAGAUUUCUUUCGUUCUCUUGUGGUCGAGUGGAAGCUUAGGCAAGUGGUGGCUGUUGAUAACGUGUGGUAUGUGACAGAGGACCGCGACAAGCUGAUUAAGUUGCUGGAAGAACACAUAUUUAAUAACUUCGUCAGGAUCGGUAACAACUAUUACCAACAGACGAGGGGCAUUGCACAGGGCUCCGUCCUAUCAACAAUGCUUUGCGGCUACUACUACAGUCAGAUGGAGAGGACCCACUUGUCAGAAAUAGUCCAAGAUCCAGACUCCCUCCUGUUAAGAUGGGUGGACGACUUUCUGUUUGUCACUCCACACCGUCGGUUGGCCGACAAGUUCCUGAAUACAAUGCAUGCUGGAAUUCCAGAGUAUGGGUGUGUCAUCAAUCAUGACAAAACGUUGACCAAUUAUACCGCGGUCACAGCUGAUGGACACAAGGUGACGAGAAUUGGAGCGAGCGAUCGUUUUCCCUGGUGCGGGUUUCUUUUGGAUACAGUCACGCUUGAAGUUUCACCGGACUUGUCCCGGUACACAGGUUCCUUAUUAAGGGACACAUUGACUGUGUCCCUGGAUGCACAUCCUGGCGAGGCCCUAAGUAAGAAGCUCCGGUACUCCGUACGCCCGAAGUGCCAUCCAUUGCUGCUGGACCCAAAUAUGAACACGCGCGAAAACACCCUGUUGAAUGUGUUCCACGUGUUCCUGUUAACAGCGUACAAGUUCCAUACUUACGUCAAAGAGCUACCAAGAGGUAGCAAACCAAGAGAUAACCCAUCAUUCUUCUCCCGAAUGAUUCUGGAUUUGGCGCUGUAUUUCUACUCAGCUAGUGUUCGUAAGUGUCACCAGCUGUCUCCGAGUGGUGCUUCGUUCUCAUUGGACGAGCACGAGGUCACGUGGCUCUGUUUGUACGCCUUUCAGAUGUGUCUUCGUAGAACGCAGUCUCGAUAUCGUGAAAUUCUGACAUUUCUGAGCAAAAGCUUGUCACAGAUACAUUUGUCUAAUCGGAUUAAACUGCCAGCCACUCCUUGGAAUGCAGCUUUGACUAAGCUCGUGCGAAAGAAGAGCUGAAAACGUCUCACAAAGCUCUUUCCGAGGAAUUCAAGAGAAGGAAAAUAGUCAUGGAGGAUCUUUAAAAUGUUUGAGGCUUUCAGGAACGAUGUUUUAUCAUAUAUUUGCCUGGACGCUAUGGGACGAUUACAUGAUUUAGGAUCUGUCAUCUGGUAUCAUGCGUCAAAGUGACCAAUCCAAUUUGUAAACCUAUCGCUUUGAAAGGAAGCCGAAAGAGGAUUUCUUUAACGUCGCGUUUCGGUUCUUCAUGAAAUACGGCAAGAAAGAAACAAAGCGAAUAGUUUUCAUUUAGAACAUAAAAAACUACCACUGAUGGUUCAUAAAUACUUAAUUUUCGCCGCAAAUUAUCAGCAUUUUUUCUUAAAACCUAGAAAGUUUUUACGAAGAUUUUCAGCUUUGUCUCGUGAUUCAUAGUUGAAUGGUAAAAGGAUCUGCCGUGGUGUAAGGCAAUCCGUUCGGUGUCAUCCACAGUGCACGUGGCUUUUUAUGGGGGCUUUUACAUCUGUUCUUGCCGGUUUGUUUACCGUAUUCAUUCAUGAUCGGUGACAUUUGAAGUACUUUUAGUGUUCAUAAUUUGAGGAAAUAAUUAGUAAGUUCCACCAUUUUAUUGAUUAGUGAAAAAGGUAUCUGUCUUUCUAUCGAUUUUCUUGACAAGUCACCCAUAAUUGACCGAGACCCAUCAAAAAUUGACAGCAAUAAUGAUUUAUUUCUUCCUCAAAAGCGGUGCUAAAUUCACGCGUUGAAUUAAAAUAAGUCUCAGGUUUGUAACUACACUUUUUUUUUCAUUAAGUUGCUGUAUAGUAAAAGCUUAAUCUUGUCACAGGAUGGAUUAAGUUCUUGGAUAUCCGAUUCAUGCGUGAAACCGUCAACAAAAUUACUUUGUCCUCGUGCAAUACAAUAAUGGAAUUAUGAAAAAUGUGGGCUAUCUUUCUGAAUCAAGGCCAAUUUUUUUUCUUAUGUCUUAAGACCACAAAAGUCAUAGCUUCCAUGUCUAGACUAUUACAUCGAUUUAAAUCUUUUCUUUUUUCAUUGCCAACAUUAUAUUGUUCUAAGCCAG